CGCAGCUGCUCGCUCGGUCCAGUGCCGCAGCCGGAAAACCGCAGCGGCGGCGGCGGCGGCGGCGGUCUAGGGGGAGCGGCGGACUCGCGCGUGAAGGGGACGAGCGCUGCGGGCGGCACGGGGCGGGCGGCGGCCGGCGGCCGGCGUUCGCGGCGGCCCGCGGGGAGGCGGGCGCGGGCGGGGGGCGCGGGGGCAGGGCCGGCCGCAGUGAUUUUGACGUUUGCCGAGCGUCGUGCCCGCGGCCGCCCCCGCCCGCGCCCCCGCGCCCGCGGCCUGCCGGAGGGAGCGCCGCCUCGCCACGGCCGGCCCCGCGCCCCGACGCCGGGGCUGAGCGCCGCAUCCCGACGCCCGAGGCCGCCGCCCCCGCCGCGCGGCCGAGCGCAGACAAAGGGGACCGGCCCCGCUCACGCGCGCUCGCGGGCGGCGCGGGCGGCGGCCGGAGGCGGGGGCUCCCCGCGCGCGGACACCCAGCCGCCCCGCCGCCCGCGCCCGCGCCCCGGGCCGCGCGCCAUGUGAGCGCCCGCGCGCGACGCCGAGGACCGCGGGACCAUGGGGGACGCCGCGGAGCCGCGGGAGCUGCGCAGGACCUUCCUCGUCCCCGCCAUCAAGCCCUUCGACCACUACGACUUCGCGCGGGCCAAGGUCGCCUGCAACCUGGCCUGGCUGGUGGCCAAAGCCUUCGGCACGGAGAACGUGCCGGAGGACCUGCGUGAGCCCUUCUACACGGACCAGUACGACCAGGAGCACGUGAAGCCCCCCGUGGUCCACCUGCUGCUGUCGGCCGAGCUGUACUGCCGGGCGGGCAGCCUCAUCCUCAAGAGCGAUGCCGCCAAGCCGCUCCUGGGCCACGACGCGGUGAUCCAGGCGCUGGCGCAGAAGGGCCUGUACGUCACCGACCAGGAGCGGCUGGUGACCGAGCGAGACCUCCAGAAGAAGCCCAUCCAGAUGAGCGCCCACUUGGCGAUGGUGGACACGCUGAUGAUGGCCUACACCGUGGAGAUGGUCAGCGUCGAGAAGGUCAUCGCGUGCGCCCAGCGGUACUCCGCCUUCUUCCAGGCCACCGACCUGCCCUACGACAUCGAGGACGCCGUCACCUACUGGAUAAACAAGGUGAAUGAGCACUUGAAAGACAUCAUCGAGCAAGAACAGAAGCUGAAGGCGCACCACCCCGCCGAGGCGCCGGGAGGGCAGAAGUCCCCUUCGAAGUGGUUCUGGAAACUGGUUCCCGCUCGUUACAGGAAGGAGCAGGCGCUGCUGAAGCAGCUGCCCUGCAUCCCGCUGGUGGAGAACCUGCUGAAGGACGGCGCGGACGGCUGCGCGCUGGCCGCCCUCAUCCACUUCUACUGCCCCGGCGUCGUCCGGCUGGAGGACGUGUGCCUGAAGGAGACCAUGUCCCUGGCGGACAGCCUGUACAACCUGCAGCUGGUGCAGGGCUUCUGCCGCGAGCACCUGACGCAGUGCUGCCACUUCACGCUGGAGGACAUGCUCUACGCCGCCGCCUCCAUCAAGAGCAACUACCUGGCGUUCACGGCGGAGCUCUUCUGGUGGUUCGAGGUCGUGAAGCCGUCCUUCGUGCAGCCGCGCACCGCCCGCCCGCACGGAGCCGAGCCUGCGUACGACCUGCCUGCAGCCUCCCCAGGGAGCCCCUCGGACAGCUACCCCCACUCCGCCCGCAGCGCCAGCGGGGAAGGGGCCGUGUCCCCACACUCCCGGCACCUGCCGCCUGGACAGUCUCGCCCCCACGCCCGUGCGGCAGCCGCAGGAGGAAUUAGAAGGUCUUCGUCCAUGUCCUACGUCGAUGGCUUCCUAGGGACGUGGCCCAAAGAGAAAAGGUCGUCGGUGCACGGAGUUUCAUUCGAUAUUUCCUUUGACAAAGACGACACCGUGCAGAGGCCCGCUGCAAACCAGGGCAUCACUCGCUCUCUCAGUAACGAGGGGCUGUCUCUCAACAACAACCGUGUGCCCAGAAACACCCGGAAAAGCGCGUCCUUCAGGCCGGUGAAUGGCGAAGAGGAAGCCGAGAGCAUCGAGGAGGAGCUGGGCGUGGGCUCGCACCCGGACCCCCAGCCCCGCGUGCCCAUGAACUUGAACGAGCUGAACGCCAACGCGAAGGUCCACUACCGGCUCCCGAACGGAGCCCUGCAGAGCAGAGCCCUCCUGGACGAGCUGGGCAACCCGGCCGAGGCCCCGAGCAUCGAGGAGGCGCUGCAGAUCAUCCACGACACGGAGCAGGCCCCGCGCACGCCGCCGCCGGGCCAGCGGGCCGACGGCUUCUUCCUCCACGGCCAGGAGCUGAGCGUCCUCAACGCGAACCUGCAGCUGCGCCAGACGGGCCCCGACCCUGUCACGGACGUCGGGGGCGCCCUGAGCCCCGUCACUGACGACACGGAGGUGGACACCGGGAUCCACGUCCCUUCCGAGGACAUUCCCGAGACCGUGGACGAGGAGUCGUCCCUGCGAGACUACACGGUCAGCCUGGACUCCGACAUGGACGACACGUCGAAGCUCCUUCAGGACUACGACCUGCGCGCCGGCGGCCCGCGCGAGGCCUCCAGCCCCUGCCCCAGCACCGUGAGCACCAGGUCUCAGCCCGGGAGCAGCGCGUCCUCCAGCUCCGGGGUCAAGAUGACCAGCUUCGCGGAGCAGAAGUUCCGGAAGCUGAAUCACACCGACGGGAAGAGCAGCGGGAGCAGCUCGCAGAAGACGACCCCGGAGGGCUCGGAGCUGAACAUCCCCCACGUGGUCGCCUGGGCCCAGACGCCGGAGGAGGCCGGGCCCCCGCAGCCGCGGGACAGCACGCAGCUGCUGGCCUCCGAGAUGCUGCAGCUGCGCAUGCGGCUGGAGGAGAAGCGGCGCGCCAUCGAGGCCCAGAAGAAGAAGGUGGAGGCCGCGUUCACCAGGCAGAGGCAGAAGAUGGGGAGGACGGCCUUCCUCACCGUGGUGAAGAAGCGGGGGGACGGCGCGGCCCCGCUGCGGGAGGAGGCGGCCGGGGCGGAGGACGAGAAGGUGUACAGCGACCUCGCGCGGGAGAAGGAGCCGCAGCGAGCCGGCGGGCAGCGCAGCCGGUCGCUGGCGGACAUCAAGGAGAGCGCGGAGAGCCCCCCCGCCCGGUGGCCCAAGUCGCCCACGACGCCCGUGGAGCCCGAGAAGCAGUGGGGCCUGGCGAGCCCCGCGGAGGAGGCCGCGAGCGAGGGGGAGGUGCUGGAGUACACGCGGUCCAUCGAGAAGCUGAACGCCUCGCUGCACUUCCUGCAGCAGGAGAUGCAGCGCCUGGCGCUGCAGCAGGAGGUGCUCAUGCAGAUGCGCGAGCGGCAGUCCUGGGUCAUCUCCCCGCCGCAGCCCUCCCCGCCCCGGCAGGGCCGCGAGCCCAGGCCCGCCCGGCCGGCCGGCCCGGCCCCGGCCGGCGCCGCCUUCUCGGAGCCCCCGCGCCCCGCCCACCCGUCCCCGCAGUCCUCCCACAGGAAGGGCCCCUCGCCCUCCGCCAAGAGCCCGAGGACUCCCCGGCCCAACGAGCUGAAGAUCCCGCCCCUGACCCGCACGCUGGCGCCGCCGCGCUCGGUGGACAGCCUGCCUCGGCUGAGGCGCUUCUCCCCGAGCCAGGUGCCCAUCCAGACCCGCUCCUUCGUGUGCUUCGGGGACGACGGGGAGCCGCGGCCGAGGGAGCCCGAGCCCCAGGCCAAGGAGGAGGCCCGCAAGGAGGCCUCGGAGCAGCCCGCGCCGGCGCCCGCGCCCGCGCCGGCAGAGAAGGAGAUGAGACCCCUGGAGUCCACCGUCGCGGAGGUCCUGUCCCAGCCGGUCACGGAGACCGUGUGUCUGACCCCGAACGCGGGCCCGCCGAGCCAGCCCGCCGGGCCCCCGCCCCGGCCGGCCUUCCCGCCCGCUGCGCCCAAGAACGCGAGUCUCAUCGAAGUGUCCCUCUCGGACCUGAAGCCCCCGGUGAAGGCCGACGCGCCCGCCGAGAAGGAGGACGGCGAGAGCGACCGAGAGCAGGCGGACGAGGACCAGAAGGUGUGCUGCGGCUUCUUCUUCAAGGACGACCAGAAGGCGGAGAACGACAUGGCGCUGAAGCGGGCGGCCCUGCUGGAGAAGCGGCUGCGGAGGGAGAAGGAGACGCAGCUGCGCAAGCAGCAGCAGGAGGCGGAGCUGGAGCACCGCAAGGAAGAGACGCGGCGGAAGACGGAGGAGGAGCGCCAGAGGAAGGAGGACGAGCGGGCGCGCAGGGAGUUCAUCCGGCAGGAGUACCUGCGGCGCAAGCAGCUGAAGCUCAUGGAGGACAUGGACACGGUGCUCAAGCCCCGGGCCCCGGCCGCCAGGCAGAAGAAGCCACGCCCCAAGUCCAUCCACAGAGACCACGUGGAGCCCCCGAGGACGCCCACUCAGGGUCCUCCAGUGUCCAGCCUCUCCCUGGCGUCGCUGACCACGGGCGACAGCGAGAGCGUGCACUCCGGCAAGAGGACCCCCAGGUCGGAGUCCGUGGAGGGCUUCCUGUCGCCCAGCCGCUGCGGCAGCCGGAACGGGGAGAAGGACUGGGAGAACGCGUCGACCACGUCGUCCGUGGCUUCGGGGACGGAGUACACAGGACCGAAGCUGUACAAGGAGCCCAGCGCCAAGUCCAACAAGCACAUCAUACAGAACGCGCUGGCACACUGCUGCCUGGCCGGCAAGGUGAACGAAGGCCAGAAGAGGAAGAUCCUGGAGGAGAUGGAGAAGUCGGACGCCAACAACUUCCUGAUCCUGUUCCGGGACUCCGGCUGCCAGUUCCGGUCCCUGUACACGUACUGCCCAGAGACGGAGGACAUCGCCAAGCUGACCGGCAUCGGCCCCAAGGCCAUCACCAAGAAGAUGAUCGAGGGGCUGUACAAGUACAACUCGGACCGGAAGCAGUUCAGCCACAUUCCCGCCAAGACCCUGUCCGCCAGCGUCGACGCCAUCACCAUCCACAGCCACCUGUGGCAGACCAAGCGGCCCGUGACGCCCAAGAAGCUGCUGCCCUCGAAGGCGUAGGCCUGGCCGCUCCUGCUCCCAGCGCACGGACCCUCCGCGCCCC